GGCCAGGUAACUCCUGCCCCACCUUGAAACUCCCCACCCUCCUGCAAGACGGAAAAGGAAGCGGCUCAAAGAAAGAGGCACAGAAAGAGGAGGAAAGGAUCUCUCUCUCUCUGUGUCUUUCUUGGGGAAGGAGCCCCAUUCCGACGAAGACCGGAUGUGGAGGGAGGGGCCCCAGCCUGCCUUUUGGCUUCUUUAACCAAGUUCCAGCUCGCCCAAGGCUUCUGGCUAGACGCUGACCCCGAAUUCGGAAUUGUCGGGUUUUCUGUUUUUCCCCCGGAAGGAUCCCUUUUUGGGUUUUGCUUGUUUUGGAUUCUGUUGGGGAACUUGUUGCUUCUCUCUUGCUUCUUCCUCCCUCCCUUCCUCCCUUCCUGCCCAAGUGGCCUUCUUUCUUUCUUUCUUUCCAAGGAGAGCAACCCCCUCCUCUCCAUGAAGGAUUACAAGAAGCCCCCCAACGAGAGGAAAAUGAACAUUUACCACCCGCCGCCCGGGGGCAAAGGGCAGGGCUUCCACUCCGGCCUCAAGUACAGCAACCAAACAGAGGACAUGAAUGGCCUCGAAGAAGGAGUGGUGUUCCUCCCCACCAUGAAUACCAAGGAAGUAGAGAAGCCAUGUGGUCCAAAACGUUGGGUCUUCGUGGUUGCCAUCCUGUCCAUCAGCCUUCUCCUAUCUCUGUUGGUUGGGUUCCUGGUCUGGCACUUCAAAUAUAGGAAUGCCAAUGUCCAGAAGUACUACAAUGGGCACCUGCGGAUCGUAGGGCAACAGUUUGUGGAUGCCUAUGAGAAUUCCAGCACCCCUGAAUUUGCUGCUCUGGCCAGGAAAGUGAAGGGAACGCUCCUAGAUAUCUAUAAAAAAAAUCAAGACAUUGGCUCUUUCCACAAGGAAACUGAGAUAAUUGCGUUCAGUGAGGGCAGUGUUAUUGCUUACUACUGGUCAGACUUCAGUGUUCCUAAAUACAAAGUGAAUGUCUUUGAAAACGCCAUGGCGAACAUCGAGGCUCCACCCUACAUGGAGAUACAUAAGGCACGGAACCCAGAGAUGCGAAUUGAAUCGCUUGUUGCCUUCCCUUCUGAUCCAGAUAUAAUAAAGGCAUCAGGAGACAACAGCUGCCACUAUGCCUUGCAUGCAAAAGAAGGCGUAGUCACCCGUUUCAGCACCCCAGGUUUCCCGAACAGCCCUUACCCUUCCAAUGUACGUUGCCUUUGGGCCCUCAGGGCCGAUGCGGACUCUGUCAUCAGCCUGACCUUCACAACCUUUGAUGUGGAGCCGUGCUCUGUUGGGAACGAUUUCGUGAAAGUAUACGACUCGCUGAGCCCCGUGGAACCUCAUGCACUGGUGAAGCUCUGUGGCAGCUUCAAUCCCUCAUACAACCUGACGUUUGUCUCCUCCCAAAACGUGCUGCUGGUCAUGCUCAUCACAGACGCGAAGGGACGUCAUCCUGGCUUCCAGGCAGAGUUUUUUCAGAUGCCAAAAAAUAGACCCUGUGGUGGGGUUUUGACAGGAACAUCUGGAAACUUCACCACCCCUUACUAUCCUGGUCAUUAUCCUCCCAAUAUGGACUGUGUAUGGAAUAUCAAGGUCCCAAAAGAUAAGAAUGUGAAGGUUCGCUUCAAGGAGUUCUUCCUUGUGGAGCCUGGACUUCCAUCUGAUUCCUGUACCAAGGACUAUGUAGAAAUCAACAAAGAGAAGUACUGUGGGAUGCGUAAUACUUUUGUGGUGUCAAGUAAGACCAACGAAAUCACUGUCCGUUUCCAUUCGGACCUUUCGUUUGUAGACACUGGAUUUUGGGCUGAGUUCCUGUCCUACGACUCCAAUGACCCUUGCCCAGGGAAAUUCACCUGUUCCAGUGGCCGCUGCAUCGACAAGUCCAGGCGUUGCGAUGGUUGGCUCGACUGUCCAGGUGGUGGGGAUGAGAGAGACUGCAAUUGUACUGAAAAGCAGCUCCGGUGCCGUAAUGGUUGGUGCAAGCCGAAGUAUUGGCUUUGCGAUGGCGUGGAUGACUGUGGGGACAACAGUGAUGAACUGCAGUGCCAAUGCCCUGCUGGGAACUUCAAAUGCAACAAUGGGAACUGCAUUUCGGAGGCACAGAAAUGCAAUGGCCGGGAUGACUGCGGCGACGGCAGCGACGAGGGAAGUUGUGACUCUGUGGUCACAGUCCCCUGCCAGGACUACACCUACAAAUGCCGCAACAACCUGUGCGUCAACAAGAGGAACCCAGAGUGUGAUGGCAAAAAGGACUGCAGUGAUAAUUCGGAUGAGGACAAUUGCAACUGUGGACAGCGGCUCUACAACAAACAGUCCCGGAUUGUCGGGGGGCUGAAUGCCGACGUGGGCGAGUGGCCCUGGCAGGUCAGUUUGCACGUCAAGGGAGAAGGUCAUGUCUGCGGAGCCUCUUUGAUCUCAGAGAGAUGGCUAGUGACGGCAGCACAUUGCUUUCGGGAAGAAAAUUACGUCAGAUAUUUUGAUCCUAAGCUAUGGACUGCCUAUAUGGGGCUGCAUGACCAGACGGACAGGACCAACAGCAAGGUUCAGAUGCGAACUAUCAAGAACAUCAUCCGCCACCCAUUCUACAACGACUUUACCUUUGACUACGAUGCUGCUCUAAUGGAGCUGUCCAGCCCUGUCACCUACACCAAGGAGAUCCAGCCCAUAUGUCUCCCUGAUAUCACUCACGAAUUCCCUACCGGCAAAGCCAUCUGGGUGACUGGAUGGGGAGCCACGCAAGAAGAUGGUAUGGGAGCCACCAUUUUGCAGAAGGCAGAAAUCCGGGUGAUCAACCAAACCAUGUGCAAUACACUGCUGCCCAAUCAGAUCACGCCACGCAUGAUGUGCGUUGGGAUCCUGUCGGGAGGAGUUGAUGCCUGCCAGGGAGAUUCUGGUGGACCCCUGACCAGCGUAGAGUCCAACGACAGGAUGUUUCUGGCCGGCAUAGUCAGCUUUGGGACUGGCUGCGCCCGACGGAACAAACCAGGAAUUUAUACUCGAGUCUCCAAGAUCAAAAACUGGAUCAAAGAAACAACAGGCGUGUAGGGUUGUCAUCAACAUCGAGACGCGUCACAUACCUCUGCUUUUUCUUCUUUCUUUUUUUUUAAAAAAAAUCUUGGUUCUGUCAAGUUGACAAUUUGAGGACAUCCCCUUGUGAUGUGAAAGGAGCUCUGCGUAUCUUGUUCACCUGAUUAUCACCUCCUCCUCAUUCAUUUUAGUAUAAAAGCCUUUUAAAGAAAAACAAGAAAAACGACAUGUCUGGAUGAACUAGACAAGGUCCUUCGGGUGUGCAGUUGCCAGCUUUUAAAAACUAAUGGUUUCCACUUGCCUGGUUUUCAGAGACUAACUGAUUUUUUAAAAAUCUGAGCCAAUUUCCAGGUGGGUUUGAAAUCUACAAGGAAUAAAGAAGACAGGACAAGAGGGUCCCUGCUUAUACCCUACUUCUUUGCUGGCUUCACGAGGCAAACUCACAACUCAUUUGAUGGCUCCUUGGAAUAUGAAAAUGGACACUAAUGCCUUUCCUUCAGUGCCUACUGUGUUCAGCUGUCUGAAAAUCAAAGUGUGGGUUUUUGGAGAAUGGAUGGAAUGAAGUGCGACAUUAUGAUUAAUCAGGGACCUGUUCUUUUUAUACCUUCUUUCCUGUGAAUUUUCCAAAAUGGCAUGUAGAAAGGAAGAGUUGUCUAAUUUCCAUUUCCUCACUGAAUAUUACAGGGAAGUGGUUUAUCAGAAUCCUUCACUGGAUGAGACAUAUUUUAAUCUUGGCCUAUCUAUAAGGAGAGAUGCCAAUAUUUAGGGUGGCUUUUGUGGGCCUGUCUAUUGCGAUUAGGACUUACAUGAAUCCUACCACCCAGACCUCCAAAUAUAUUUUGAUUAGUAGGUGCACAGAAAUAGCUUCAGUCAAAAGAGUGUAAAUUAAUUCACUCUUUCCUUUGCUCUGGUUCCUUGGGAUGUGUAGUUUGGACAGGUACUAAGAAUGUUCUGUUAGAGAGUUUGCAUGCUGCAGUUGAAGGAGAUAUACUGAACUCCCCUCGUAGGCCAUGCCAAAUAGCUCAGCAACCUGCAAAUCUCGAAGUUCUCCAACUUGCUAAAACACUCCUAGUUUCCAAAAAUGUCUUUACUCAUCCGUGUUGGUGUCCCUUUCCAAAGCAACCUGGAAGACAACUGCUAUCCUUAUAAACCCUUUAGCAAGAACCUCUACCUUUUAUGUUGUCUGUGACCCAAAUGUCCUCUGCUAAGCACCCUCUGAAUGUAUUUGACUGGAAGGCCCAUCAUCUUCAGCUGGCAGGACCAUCUUGAGUAAAUGGUGUAAACUCCAGAAGAAGGCCCUUUGGAUGAAAACCUUGAACCAAAGAUGCCUCAUGUGCCUUAUGGCUUAUUUAAUUGUAUGGCAAUUUAAAUGUAUGUGCUCCUCUGGGUUUCAGGUGCUCUGAAAGCCCCCCCAGUUUAAGAUAGCUGAUCAAACUCUUAUGCAAAAAGUUCAGGUUGGCUGGAGAAAAGGGAAGGCAUCAAAUAAGGUCUUGGUAUUCACGCAUUUCUGACUCAAUUGAUUGUUUUUGCCCUCCCAGAACUAUGACCGUAUCCUCUUAAUCUCGGCUCCUGAGGUUUGGGACAUGACUGCCAGCAGCCCCUGACAGAAUGGGAUUUGCAGUCCAAACGUCUGAAGAGCUCAAAUGUGUCCGCUCUUGCUUUAGUAGACUUAAAUCCAAAUGUCUGAAGAGCUCAAAUGUGUCUGCUCUUGCUUUAGUAGACUUAAAUCCUGAAUAUCUCCUUGAGCAAGCAAUAUUUGGAGUGUUGCAGGUUUUUUCGGGCUACAUGUUCUAGAGGCAUUCUCUCCUGACAUUUCGCCUGCAUCUAUGGCAAGCAUCCCCAGAAGUAGUGAGGAUGCUUGCCAUAGAUGCAGGUGGAAUGUCAGGAGAGAAUGCCUCUAGAACAUGGCCAUAUAGCCCGAAAAAAACCUACAACAACCCAGUGAUUCCGGCCAUGAAGCCCUUUGACAAUACAAUAUUUGGAGUUGCAAUGGCCGACCGCUUUGCUGACUUGUUGAAGCUUUUCUGAGCUUGUUUAGAGUGAAAUGGUGCAGGUUGCAACUGAUUUCCCAAGAUUUCCCAGCAGGAGCUGGAUGGCUCCAAGUUGCAUAUAGGAAGAUAUAGAAAUAACAAUGAGAUACUGGCUGCACUUUUAAUUCAUCCCGCUGCUCCCUUUUAUCUCUCCUUGAAAUGGAAUGGAUAUAAGUAGAGUAGGUGUGAACGUAUGUAUAUGUGAUGUGUGUACGUAUAUAUGUGUGUUAUGUACAAAUACAUUGAUUUCUGUCCCUUUGUGGGUCAGAUUGGCAUUGCCACAAUGUGCCUUACGCGUUGGAUCUUGUUUAAUGUAGGGGAAUGUGUCGUGUAUUGUUCUUUUGUAUCUGACUUGGUUCUUUCAUGAACGUCGAUAUUAUACUGUGAGGCUGCCUUCCCAACUUAGCAUUCUACUAAGUACUACAUCUCCCAUCAUCCUCAUGCUUAUGGGAUCACUAGCACAUCUGAAGGAUGUUGUUUUGGGAAAGGUGGCUAAAAGGGAGAGCUUUGUUGUGCGGUGUAGAAUAUCUGUACCACUAGAAAAGCUAUUUAUUGUCGAAGUUUCUCACCGUAAUACAACUUUUUGCACCUUCUGUAUGGAAAACGAAAGAGGUGUGAUGAUAUUUCUUUGAUACAUAUGCUAAAGUGUGCUUGAUUUCGGGCAGGAAAAUAAUGAGAUAUGUACAGAGAAAGAAAAACUAUUUCAGGAUGCCUUAACAGUUAUUCUGUUGUGUCUCAUGAUGAUUUAUUCUCUCUCUCUUUUUGCAAUGUUUACUUUUCCAUAAGCAUGAAAUGCGCUUUCUACAAAUCUUUGCAGUCAUA